AUGAAAACCUCCGCGCCGGAACCCGUCAACCAGCCAGCCAGGGACCUCGAAAUGCCUGACGCAGGGUCAGAAGAAGUUGCCGUCCCUUCCACGACCAACAAUGGCGACGGCGCAGCAUCAGUAGCAGCAGCAGCACCGAAUCCUACGACGAAGACGACGACGACAACACCAACAGGAACAAGCAUCAGUGGUUUUACUCAAAAUGACGCCCCCGAAGCCUCCGAGGAAAAAGAAGGCGAAGAAGCCGAUGUCGAAUCCUCCGCUGCCGGACCCGGCUCCGCCGACGCAGAGGGGGAGCCGAAAAUCUCCAAGAACCAGCUCCGCAAGAUGAAGCGCAAGGCAGCGUGGGAGGACGGUCGCGAGGACCGCAAGCGCAAGCGCAAGGAGAAGCGCCACGACCGCCAGGUCGCCCGGCGCGAGCAGAUCGCUGCCGUACUUGCCGAGGCCGAGGCCAAGGGCGUCGACCCGGCCUCCGUCACCAUCCCCCCGAAGCGCAAGACGCCCAAGCAGCCCUCGGUCCAGGUGCCCGUCACCCUGAUCCUCGACUGCGACUUUGAGAAGUACAUGCUCGAGAAGGAGCUCGUCUCCCUCGCGAGCCAGAUCACCCGCUCUUACUCGGACAACCGCGCCGCGAGGUACCGCGCGCACCUGUACGUAAGCUCGUACGGCGGCCAGCUGAAGGAACGCUUCGAGACGACGCUGGGGAGCCAGCACGUGCACUGGAAGGGCGUGACGCUUGUCGAAGGGGACUUUGUCGAGGCGUCCAAGGCCGCGGACGAGCUGAUGAAGGGGCCCCGCGGUGGGCAGGUCAUUGACCUGCUGAAGCCCACCGCGGAGGACGGGGCGGCCAAGAAGCCCGCCGUCUUCAUGGACACCGUCAGCUCGGCACCCACCCCGGACCCCGAACCCGAACCCGCCGAAGAGCUCAAGAAUAUCGUCUACCUCUCCUCCGACUCGGUCAACACCCUCGACCGCCUCGAGCCCAACACGAGCUACGUCAUCGGUGGCCUCGUCGACCGUAACCGCGAAAAGGGGCUGUGCCACCGCCGCGCGAGGGAGAUGGGCAUCCGGACGGCGAAGCUACCUAUCGGCGAGUACAUGAACCUGUCGAGCCGGAGAGUGCUCGCGACGAAUCAUGUUGUCGAGAUUAUGCUCAAGUGGCUCGAGACGGGCAGCUGGGCGGAGGCGUUCCUGAGCGUCAUCCCUAAGCGGAAGGAGGCCAAGCUCAAGGAGCGGGGCGACGCCGGCAGUGCCAACGGAACCCCCGCUGCAGAAGGCGCGGAUGGCAAGAUCGAGGAUAGCAGGUUUGACGAGGAGGACGACGAAGACGUGGAUGAGAAGCAGACCAUCACGGAAAACGCGGCAGCACCCGAACCAUCAGCUGGGGCUCAAGAAAGCGCAAAGGGGAACGUGAGUGGUUCAUAG